AUGGAGAUCUCUAGCAUAAAGAUUCCAGCUUCCGCCGAGACCGAUACCAACGCCACCGCAUCCAGUCCAGCUUCGAAGAAGGCUCGUACCACGGCAUCAAAGACCACGAAAGUAGCAAAACCCAAGAAGGGCCCAGCGUGCGCAGCUUGCGGUAAGAAGAAGAUUAAGUGCGCGCAUCGACUUGAGCUGGGCUCAGUCACGAAGCAACCAUCCGCUCUCCCAACGCCAGAGCUCACCAAAAAGCAAAUUAAGCCAACAUCUUCCGUCAACACCUUAUAA